AGCAAAAAGCAGAAAGCUGGCAGGACUGAAUUGUCAACAAUGGAAAACAUUUGCUCUGGCUGCUGGAUGUUAGUGGGCUAGUGUUGUCUCUGUGGAUUUCACAUCAAGGAUGGCAUAUCCAGGGAAAUCUCGCUUGAGGAGAUCUUUCAGUGAGCAUAUCAAGGUCUCCACCAACAAAGCAUGGGAUGUCUUUUGGAAGAGUGCACGAGAAAAGCGUCUAUCAGAAAUUGAAGCCAAAGAAGCCUGUGACUGGCUGAAGGCUGCUGGUUUCCCCCAGUAUGCGCAAAUGUUUGAAGAAACUGAAACCUACUGUGAACUUCAUCUUACAGAUAUGCAAUUUCCUGUUGCCAUCAACUCUGUGAGAAAAGAUCAUGAAUUUUUAGAUAAAGAUGAAAUGGAAUCCUUGUACAGACGGUUGAAUACAUUGAAUAAAUAUGCAGCAAUGAAAGUAGAAAUUAAUCGACCAAGAAAGCGGAGUGAUGAAUCUGAAGAGGAUGAGCCUUGUGCAAUAAGCAGCAAAUGGACCUUUGAAAAACAUACUCAGAGAUGGUCUCGUUUGGGGAGCUCAGAAGGUUCUGGUGUGCCACUUCCUGACAAUCUGAGACUCAACAUUUCUGGCAGUGGAGAUAUAGUCUUUUCUGAUCACGGGGAGAGAAAUGAUGAAUCGUCUGUCCACAGUUCCAGCAGUGGAGACAGUGACCUAAUCAGCUUUCCAAAAACCUGUGAGGAGGCUGAGGCAAGCAGGAGCUCUUCAACAUGCUCCUCAAAUAAGUUGGCAUCACCUGACUCCACCUUCAGCUGCUCUCCCUCUCCUAGUGAAACCUUGAAUAUAAUUAGUGAAGACAAACUCAUGGAGAAACCUCCCCAUAAAAAAGGAAGGAGUUUCUUAAAGAAAAUGGAAAAGUUGCGUCUGCGAAGUAGCAAUUUGAAGAGUCAAGGACAUUCAAAGGCCAAGCCCAUUAUUAGCGGACCUAUUCUGAUAGAGGGACUAAAUGAAGAAAAGUUGAGAAACCUCAACUGUGUAAGCAUUUCUAACAUGUCUGAGAGUCAGACAAGUCAGCCUUCUGAUUCACCACAGACCUGUAGUAGCAGCAGUAGGAGCAGCAGUCGCAGCCAGUCUGAAAACAGUAGCACAGUGAGUACCCCAAGCCCUGUUAUCAAAGUGAGGCGACACAGUAAAAGAGGAGGGAUGUAUGCAGAAGAGUUUGAUUCUGGGAAACUUUCUUUGUGGAGUGAUAUUUCUCAGAAUAACUUGAAAAAUGAAAAUCAUGUGGAGAAGAAAAAAGUAUUUCAAGUACCUCAAGGCCAUAAGCCAGGGACUUUCCCCAAAGCACUUACUUAUAGUCUUUUGUCACCCAUAGACAACACUUCUGUGAACUGGAGAACUGGGAGUUUUCAUGGAUGCCGGAGAAACAGGGUUCAGCUUAGUUCUCAGGACUCUGAAACUCCAUCUGGCUCACUUUCAUUGAUGGAUAACAGACUGAGCAUUUAUGACAAUGUGCCUAGCAUUCAUCUGCACAAAAUGGAUAUGCCCGAGAUAGGUGAUGACGAUGUUUUCACAGAGCUAGACAGUGUUAUGGAACAUGUGAAUGGGCUGAGGAAGUUGGUCAGUCAAUGGACAGAGAAGUUCUCUGAUGAGGGGGACUCUGACUCUGCCAGUCACUCCAACCAGUCCACCUCUCCUUGCCCAUCAUCCCCUAAAGAGAUCCGUCUUGAAAUUAAAGAACAUUCAGAGGGAAAAUUGGCUGGAUUUCCAGUUACUGAGGGUGAAGAUUGCAAACAUAUUGAUGAACAUAGCCUCAUGGAACUAGCAUACGUCAUGGAAUCAGGGACAAGACUGGUGUCAACACAUUCUAUCAGCAGCCAUGGAAGAAGACACUGGUCAGCUGAAGAAGGAGUAAAUUCAGAAAGUCUUUCUCUUCAAAUUGACAGCCUGUCUGCUUCCCACCUCAAUCGAAUACAAAAACUGGCUUUGUUAAAGUUAACUUCUUUAAUGGAUAAAUACUCUCCUUCCAGCAAACAAGGAUGGAACUGGACUGUUCCAAAGUUCAUCAGAAAAAUAAAAGCCCCUGAUUAUAAGGACAAAAGUGUAUUUGGAGUACCAUUACUGUUAAAUGUCCAGAAAACAGGUCAUCCACUUCCAAGGAGCAUAGUCCAAGCCAUGGACUACUUGAGAGAUAAUUUUCUUGACCAGGUUGGCCUUUUCAGAAAAUCAGGUGUUAAAUCAAGGAUUCUUUACUUAAGGGAAAUGAAUGAAAAUGACCCAAACAGCAUAACAUAUGAGGGACAGUCAGCUUUUGAUGUGGCAGACAUGGUGAAGCAAUAUUUCCGAGAUCUUCCAGAACCUAUAUUCACAAGCAAACUUUGUGAAUCCUUCCUCCACAUCUAUCAGUAUCUCCCAAAAGAUCAGCAAUUUUAUGCUGUCCAAGCUGCUAUUCUUUUGCUUCCAGAUGAAAAUCGUGAAGCUUUGAAAAUUCUGCUGUUCUUUCUCAGGGAUGUAGUAGCUUUUGUGGAGGAAAACCAGAUGACUCCAGCCAACAUUGCUGUCUGCCUGGCACCAUCUUUGUUUCACCUUAAUACCCUGCGGAGAGAGAGUUCUUCAUCAUCUAGAUCCAGUCAAAGGAAAUACAGUACUGGAAAACCAGAUCAAAAGGAUCUGAGUGAGAAUUUGGCUGCAACACAAGGGCUGGCCCAUAUGAUAAUGGAGUGUCACAGACUCUUUCAGAUACCUGACUAUUACUUUAAUCAGGGUUAUGAAGAUCUGGAUGUUCAGAAUAACUCAGAGGAAGUAGCUCCACCCCAACCCCCUCUAACAAAGCACUCCAGCACAGUGACAUCCCUGGAACACUCAAUGCAGGAUUUGCUUCGAGAUGCCAAAGAAAAAUUCAAGAACUGGGUUGUUUGCUCCAUCUUAGAAGUAGAUUCAGCAUAUAAAAAGGUGGAUGAUAACUACCACAUACGGUUAUGGAAGGCUUCUGUUGAAAUUGAUGCUGCCCCUAAAGUAGUUUUAUACCGGAUACUGAUGGAGCACCACCUGUGGGACCCAAAUCUUCAGCAAACAAAAAUCCUAGAGAUCGUUGAUGAUGAAACAGACAUUUACCACUACACAACAGAGAGUAUGUCUCCACUUCCUCCACGAGAAUAUGUGGUCUUGAGAACUUGGAGGACAGAUCCUCAAAGUGGCACGUGUGUGUUAGCAGCUACCUCAACAAACAGUGAAAGUGCUACUGUGAGUGGGAUCUUAGCUCACGUUCUACUUUGCCAGUACCUUAUAGAAGCUGUAGGCUCUCAGAAAUCCAAAGUGACACAUGUUUGUCGAAUAGAUACCAGGGGCCGGACAACAGAAUGGUACAACAGGGCUUUUGGUCAUUUGUGUGCUGCAGAACUGAUACGGAUUAAACAGUCAUUUAAAUCUUCACUUUACUGAAGACACUUUUGGAGAAGACAGUGCAUGGUGCCCAAGACUGUCUUUUUCAAAGCCCGAGGCUGAGCUGAUUAUCUUUUUUUUAUAAGAGAGGACAUUUAGACAUGUUAUUUUAUUUCAACCAUGUUCUUGGACUGAUUGAUAUCAUGCACUGUUGCUUGUCAGAUAUAUAUUUUAUACAAAGAAAACUGAAUUAUUUUCAAUAUUACAUAUAAGUUAUUUAAAAUGAAUGUCUUCCUUGUUAUAUAUUUUUAAGUAAUGUGUAAAUGUGAGAUUUUAUAUUUUUCAGAUGUUUUAUAAACAACAAAAAAGAAUAUAGUAUAUUGUCUUUGCAGCUCCAAAGUUUAGAAAACUGUCCAGUAUUGUUUUUGGUUUUCUGGUUCUAGUCGUAUAACUGAUUAGUAAUUAAUGACCUUCAUAUAGGAAUUUGUUAUAUCUCUAGAUUACAGAUACUUCUACCACCUUGUAGAUAAGAAGUUAUGUAGAGACAUCUGAAGUUUUUAUCUAAAUUAAACAUUAUGUAGGAAUGGUUUUAUAAGUACAUUGUAGACUAAAUGGGUGCUUUGAGAUGAAAAUGUAUUUACCAUUGUGAAAUAAAUUAGUCUACAACAAUGAUUCAUAUAACAUGUUCAAGAGCCCAAAUGCUUUUGAAUGCAAUAGCCAGUGUAACUUUCCAUUAUGCCUUUAUAUGUCACUAACAGGAUGCCUAUUGUGUGUGAGAAAGAAUAAUGUAGUGGAUUGGGUUGUAAAGAGCAGUGCUGACAAAUGUGAAGAGGUCGUUUUACAUUGGCUUUCCUCAUACAUAAAUUCAUAAAACUGCAUUACUUAAAUCAAACAUAGGUCUUUGCUUCAGGUUUGAGAUAUGAGAAACCUUAAUUCCGUACUGUGGAUUGGCAACAUUUCAUUUCAGCUCACACAUACCUAUACUUGCAGUUACUUCAUAUGUACAAGAACUCUGAAGUGAGCUGGCCUUGGGUGCAACUGCCUUGCUUCAUAAAAUAUAUUGAAUAGCUUAAAGUUCUUAGACUAGUACAGAAGCUGCUCUGAGUAAUUUGGGUAGUAGGAGCUUCGGAGAGUUCUGUUCAAUGAUACUUAAAGUAUGCUGCUCCCAUGAAUUGUAUUUCAUCACUCCGUUAGUAGAUUGUGUGGCAGAAAAAACCCAGCUAUGUAUGCACGGUGAAACAGGUAUUGAACUUGUUCAGUAUUUGCGCAUCUAUUAUGUUUAGUAAUCUCCCUUACUCAUGGAAUGUUUAAAAUAAAGUAUAUUCUGUAGGCCAAAACCCUGUGCAUUCAGCAGUAAUAAUUAGGUGGUCAGGUGGCAUCCUUAAGUUAUAAGGAUUUCACUCUGGUCUGUUGUAUAACAUUUCUAAAAAGACAAACUUCUGCAAUUUGACCAUUGUUUAGUUUGAAGGGGGGAAAAGACGUUCAGUGACAUUUCUAAUCUUUAGCCACAGGAAAGGAAUAGUUGAGCUUAAUUAAAAAGCUGCUAUUUAGCAGUCAAGAUGUAGUUUUGGAAAUGAAAGUUAAAAAAAUAUAUAGAUAUAUUGGUGGUACUUCUAGCUUAUUAUAUAUGCAAUACUUUGUAUCUAUAACAUCCACCUGCAUUUGCCAAAUGAUUUUCACUGUAAAAUACUAUUACAAUGAUUCUGUAUGAGUUCAGACAAUACACCUUUAAUGGUGAAGCAGUCAAUGACUGAAUUAUUGACUUGUGUCACAAGUAAUUUUGCACAUAAGGAUUCAUUUGCAACCCUUGGUAUUUUGUGUGUUUUCAUAUGUUGCAGUAUGGUAAACUGCUGUAAACUUUUCUGUCUGUUAAUAAAAUGUUUGCUAUGGAUUUCUUACCUUAGCAAGAAGAAUCUGUGAAACCACCUGCUACCAUUCUCAGUUGACUGCAAUUGUUUAAGUAUUCCAAACUGUAUUCUGCUACAUAAUAAACAUGAUUGUUGCCUACAGAUUUGGGGUGAACAUGAAUUAAAGAAUUCUACAUGCA